CCAACCAGUAUUUGCGCCUUGUGACAACAACUAACGAGUGCGCUUUUCAAAAUAGCAACAUGUAGGGUUUUGGAAAAUUGUGUGUACACAUGUUAAUGUGGAGUUGUUUAACUUUAUUAUGCUUACGUUUGUGUUUAAAAAAAUGUCAAUAUAACCUUUAAAACAAAAAAGGUAGAAAUGAGUUCAAUAAUAUCAUAUAAUCCUGUUGUUAAUGGCCAUACAACAAUCAAUAUGUUUCAAUCUAAUGAAACUAACCCGGGUUAUACAAAUAAUAAUAAUAACAAUAAUAACAGCAGUUCAAUGUACAAUAUAGAUUUAUUACAAUGGCAAUUAAAUACAUCAGAUAACUCACUUAAUCGUCAGUUUAAAUCAUACACUAAACACAAGAAGGAUCAUAUUCGUGAAAAUAUUCGUCGUCUAAGAGAAUUAGAUGAGCAUAUGGCAGUCAAACGAUGUAUAGAACAAUCGAGUGGAUCAAAUUCUGCCACAGAUCGUACACAAAAUAACCACAGAUGUAGCAAAUUUACAACGUCAUCAUGCCACAAUCAUUUACCACCUGUAUUGAUGAGAAAGUCUCCACAUGAGACUAAAAUUAACCCGCCAAAACAAUCAUCUAUUGAACAAGAUAAUCAAAAUGAUUCAUUUAAACAAAUUCAAUAUUGUUUAAGUGAUAAUAUUGAUGAAAGUAAUAAUACCAUUCAACCAUCAUUAUCAUCCUCAUCAGUAGUAGCAGCAGAGAAUUUGCAGAAUCAAACAGUCAUAUCUACUGAAACCCAAUAUGACUUGUCAUCUUCUGAUAAUCAACUCACUUCAAUACCUUCAAAAUAUUCUUCAACGACGACACAAAUUGAUACACCUAUUAGCCGAUUAACACAAACAAUACCUAUACAUACUAUCAAUUCAGAACGCCAGCAUAGUUUAACAAAACGUACAGGACAACGUCCACCUGUACUACCGGUUAGCAAUAGAUCUGAUAAGAGAUAUCGAACAAUCGCCAUAUCAACAACAACGCCACAACCACAUCUAGCAAAUCGUUCUGUCAGUAGAGGGGAUUAUUUACGUGCACAUACACGUGAUGUUGAAGAUGACGUGGACUUGAAAAUUUUGAGUAAUAUACCUAUUACAUCAAUACAUAAACAGGUGAAUUCAGUUAAAACCUCCGUACCAAAAGCGGAAUCAGCUAAAAAUGUUGAAUUCAUUCGACGUGAUAUUAAUUUUGUACGUGCUAAUGCUCAUUUAGCCUCAGUGCCAAGUUUAAAAGGUACAUCAGGAAUUCGUAGAAUAUCUAGUCUGAACUCCUUAUCGACAUCGUCAUCAGUAUUAAAUGACAAGGUCUAUCCACAGCAUAGCAGCGUUAAUGAUACAAAAAUGUCAAAAUCUGCGACAUCAUAUAAAACAAAAAAAAUGUGGCCUGAAAGACGUUUAAAAGUUGGUGUUAUUCCACAAUAUAUUAUAAAAAUGCGCCAACAAGAAGAAGAACGUAUUCAAAAAGAGUUAAAAAACCAACCUGAUCCAGAUCAACCACCCGGACAUCAAAGAAUGCCAGAACAGGAACGUCUAGAUACAUUGGAAAUGUUGAAGAAAGCUCAUCAACAAUUAUUAGAAGAAUUUUCCCAUCUACCAAUACGUAUGGAUACGUUGAGAAUACGUACAAGGCGAGCAGAGAUUGAAACACGUUUGAGUGAAUUAGAACAGGCUAUUGAAAUAUUUAAUAAACCAAAAGUAUUCAUUAAACCUGAUUAAGCAAAAUGGCACACAAAGAAACAUAAAGCCAGAAAAAUGGAACAAUAAUUUAAACUAUAUUCAUCACUUGCCUACUUAUAAAUACAAUGAAUGGCUGUAUUAAAACAAGAGAGACCGGGGAAACCAGAAGGUAACUCGUAGAUCAUUCACCCACCCAAUUAGGUGUGUAAACAUGAGUAUCAUUUCAUAAGACGCUAACGUUUGAGUAGAUUUUUGUUUGUUUCUUUUUUUUUGUGUGUGUAAGACUCCUCGUCACUAUCAUUUAGCCUGUAUACUUCCUUUCGUCUUUAUUCAUAUCAUUUUUAAUAUACAUAAUAUGCAUGAUACCUGCUUCUCUAAUGUCAACAUCAAACCAAAUGACCAGUAUCUCUCUACUUCUUUUAUGCUCCUACCUCUAUACAAUAUGCCUUUGAAAUGUGAAAAAAGCAACAACAAAUAAACAACAACAGUGUAUGUGUGUAUAGUUUGUAAGUAAUUUAUGCAGUUUAAAGACACACAGGAUUUCAAUGUUUCAAUUCUUCCAUUUUAUCAUAAUAUAGACAAUCAGGGAAUAUUGUUUUGCAAAGAAGCAAAUAAGUGGAAUAUUUUAAAAAUAUUUAUCAACAGAAUAAAAAUCUUCGUUUUUCUACUUUUUAAAAGUUUAUUUUAUUUCUUAACGAAAGAACGAAGAGCGAAGUAUUAUAUUAUUUACAUACACG